UUCAUGAAACUUUAUAGGUUAUGUUAUGAUUUUAGGUUAUAUUAUAUUUUGAGGUAAAAUAAUAACUGUUUUUGAAUUACAUGGAUAUAUCUAGAAAAUAAAAAUGGCCCUGGAGAGAAAAAACUUCAAAGACAUCCCAACAGAUGCUAUAGUUUUAACAGAAGAGCAGGCUUUAGUAUAUCAAACAAAAAUAUUGAACAACUGGAGUGUUCCUGCAGAUGUAUUCGGCUUCAAAUAUGGGUCCUUCUUUCUUGGAGGUGCUACUAUGUUCGUAGGAAUAUACAUUAACAAUUUCUUUAGAUGGAAAUUCAAACUGAUGCAUUAUGGGCGUUUUGUAUCCUAUUUGCCAAUGGCAGCCAUUCCCGCUUCACUCACAGUCUUAUUACACCAAGAGGUGGUACUGAAGGACCUUGUUCUGAAGAAUCAAGAUACAUGCCCUGUUUGUCUACAGACUAGAGCAGCAGCCCUGCAAGCUGCCGUAGGUUGUGUUUUUCCUUUGCUUAUUGCACCCAUUUCAUCACUCACGUUAGUGAAUCGAUACAAAACUUACGAUAUACCUUACAUCAGUAGAGAACCCAUGAAAAUAUUCAGACUUAUUCAGAAGAUGAUAAAACCGAAACAGAACAUUCUUUUUGGAAUAUUUAUUGCCCAGGCACUAUUUGGAAGUAUAGUGACUUAUCUGGAGGCAGAAUCAAUAUACAAAGUCAAUUCGAAACUGUUGGAAUUGACUGCAAGUGAAUCGGAGGUUUUGGAAUGAGAAAAAACCAUUCAGGAAAGUUCUAGUCACUGGUUGUAACGAUUCAAACAUUUGUUCUGUAACUUGACAUUCGAAAUGAAUCAGAGGUAUAGAACUAAGGAAAAAGCUUCAAUUUGCAAAGUCAUAUCGUGUGACAACAAAAAUCCUUGAAUUGUGUUUUAUCAAUUGAUGCUGUAGUAAAUUUUUUAAUUAAAAAUCAGUAGAAUUACUGA